AUGAGUGAAAACCAAAUCCAAUCCAUCGGGACAACCCCCGCUACAAAGACUCUCACGGCCCGUUGCUAUUGCAAAGCCGUCCAUUUCACCCUCGCCGUCCCGCUCUCUUCCAUCCCACUCAAAGUCCAUCUCUGCCACUGCAGCAUCUGUCGUUACACCCACGGGACCCUCUGCAUCUUCCACGCCCCGCUCCCGUCCGGCGUGUCUCCCUCCUUUAUCGCCCCUUCCUCGCUGUCGUCGUCUCUCACGGCCUACCGCCAUGCCAAGGCCUCGAGCACGCGGUACUUUUGCAGUACGUGUAGCUGCCACAUUGGAGAUGUGGGCGUUGACGAUGACGAGUGGGUUAUUUCGGCUUCCAUCUUUGAUGCAAAUAAGGAUGAUGUGCCCGCUGUUUGGGAUAUCCAGACUCACGUCAACACGGCUUCGGCGCCGGGCGGAGGGCUGUAUGAAUGGCUCCCGCGCGUGAAUGGCAAGGAGAUGAAGGUUUGGAAUCCCAGGGACGGAGCUGAAAAUGCGGCGAUCAAGACAACAACACCCGGACGAGAAGUUGGCAUCGACGGCGAAGAGGUCCUCCGCGCACAAUGCCACUGCGGCGGCGUCUCCUUCACAAUAUCCCGGCCCAAGGCCGCGAUGCUCGAGGAAAAAGCCUACGAGCCCUGGCUAUCACCCGUGGACCCCAGAAAAUGGCCAGCCUGCCUCGACGCCUGCGACGACUGCCGCCUGCAGACGGGCGUCCACGCCAUCGGCUGGGCCUGUAUCGCGGAAUCGUGCAUCGCGCCAAAGGUGCCCGGGGACCUCCAGCUCGGCGGGGCGUCCAAGACGUUCAAGUCCUCCGAGGACGUGUGGCGUUCGUUUUGCGGGACGUGCGGUGCGAGUGUGAUGGCGUAUUUCAACUAUGGCGGGGCGAGGAGGCAGGAGAACGGGGAGAGAUUGCUGAAUAUUGCUGCUGGGAUUUUGAGGGCGCCGGAGGGAGUUUUGGCGGAGGAGUGGUUGACUUGGAGGACGGGACGGGUGGCUUGGGCGGAGAGCGGGAUGAGGUACGAUGCUGGGUUGACUGAGGGUUUGAGUGAGGGUAUGGCUGAAUGGGGCAGAGAGAAUCAUGGGGAGGCAUGGGGUUUCAAUAUUGGAUGA